GGAAGAUUGAAAAUGCUUCAUAUUGACACCGGAUGCAACAUCAGUUUCCUUCACAUAUACAAAUUAAGUCAUGUUGAUUUUAUCACCCUUUAACAUAUUUUGAGGAAGCACAGAUGACACUAGUAUGCUACUGGUUUUAAUUAUUCAAACCACUGUGUUGUUGAUAGUUGCAGCACAAAAGGACCUUGGCAAUUAUGGCAUAGCUACACAAAAUUCAACGUAUCAUGAAGGUGGUCAACCAGAAAAUGCUGUUAAACCGCCGAUAUCAAAUAGUUUUAGUUUAAAAAAUUGUUCACACACAAACACAAUUUCAGAAUAUGCUUGGUGGAUGUUUGAAUUUUCUUUUGGUACCGCCUUCAUCACAGAUAUAACAAUAUACUACAGAGAAAACUAUGCUGAUCGUAUGUAUGGAUUUGAGUUAUAUUUAAGCAAUACAUCAAUUAUUCCUCCAGAAGGACCUAAAGGGUAUCUCUGUUAUAAAGAUCCCGAACCAGGACCCCCGAACAUCAGCCAGACAAUUCCUUGUAAUCACCUCGGACAAUAUGUCAUUUAUUUCGAUAGGAAAGGAUCUGUAACAAGAAAUGAAAGCUUUAGUGUCAUUGAGUUAUGUUAUGUUGGCAUUCAUGGUUGUCAAAAGACAUUUUGGGGGAGUAAUUGUGAGUUCGAUUGUGCAGAAAAUUGUAUACACCAACAUUGCUUUCCUGAAAACGGUUCCUGCAUUUGGGGAUGUAAUGAAACGAAUUGUUUGAAUGACAUCUGCGAUCCCGAUACAGCGGUUUGUCCCGAAGGGUGUAAAGACGGACGGACGGGACCCUAUUGUAACAAAUAUAACCUUGCAUUUAACGGUUCGGUCAUUUUUAAUAAAAAUGAUACACAGCUGGCUAGUUUAUCUGUAGAUGGCGAUAAGACGUCGUGUUUCACAAUACCUCGGGCGUCCGAAAUAUGGAUACAGGUUGACAUUAAAGAAAUUAGUAUCGUGACGGAUAUUUAUCUCAAUUUAAGUGUGAACGUUAAAGAUGGAGGUAAUCAUACCAUUUCCGUAUCAAACGCAAGUGGUGUACAGGAAAAAAGAACUAUAUAUAGCAAUGUAUCUUUACCAUCAAACAUCAAAGUUGAUGACGUUUUCAGAUACUUAACUUAUGAAUAUCUACAAACGAGCGAAAAUGUUUCACUUGAAGUUUGUGAAAUUGGAAUUGUUGGUUGUCCUCCUACAAACUAUGGACCGCUUUGUAAUAAAUUGUGCCCAGUAAACUGUAGUGGUCCCUGUGACCUGGAAACAGGACACUGUUCAUUUGGAUGUGUAAAUGGAUGGAUUGGUAAUACAUGUGAAUUAGAUGCAGAAUGUUUCGAAGACUCAGAGACACCAGUCUUGAAGUGUAGGCCAGAAAUUUAUAAGGUCUACCCAUCUACUGGACCUGUUCAAGGUGGUACAUUAUUGACAAUAACUGGAAAAUACCUUGGAAAUGUGAAUGACAGUAUUUCCGUUAAGUUUAACGGAGUAAGAUGUGAUAAUGUAACAGUUCAAUCGCCAAAUUUUAUAUAUACAAGUUUGACAUGUGUAACUGCAAAAUACAACGAUCUCAAGACAAAGGGGAUGAUCGUUUCAGUGAAUGAAAAUAAUUUCAGCGACUAUAAUAGUACACGCUUCAGUUAUAAGGAACCGUCAAUCUUUGAAUUCUCACCAAAGAGAGGGAUUGUUUCUGGUGACACAAUUAUUACAAUAAGCGGUGACAAUAUUGGGUUCGAAGAAUCUAAUCGAUACCAUAUUUCGUUUUGCGUUGAUGGGGAUUGUCGUCAACAAUGCAGAGCGUUUCAAAGUUCCUUAAGUACGCAGUAUAUAAAGUGCAAAACGAAAAAAUCGGACCAACCUAGAAAUAUGACUCGGUUGGAGGUUGUAAUUGAUGGCUUGACAGUGUUGUCGUUAAACGAAACGUUUCAAUAUUUACCUGAUCCAACAUUUAAUUUAUCCAAUAAAGCACGAAAGGCACAACAGAGUGGUGGCGCGACAUUUACUAUUCAUGGCGAAGGUUUUAAUAAUGUGGGAGAGAUAACGGUUGAAAGAGUGGUCAAUCCAUGUGAUGUUCCAGAAGAUACCUCGGCAGUGUGUGAAACGCCUCCAAAACUAAAGAAUCAAUCUAACAGUCAAACUGUGUAUGUUCAUUUUGAUGGCGUUAAAAUUCCAGUCAAUUUAGAAUAUGUGGACGAUCCUACAUUCGAAAAGUUCCAAGGCGUUUACAAAUACGACAAGGAGUCUUCUAUUAAAAUCAAGGGUAGAAAUAUUUUAAAUGGCGCUCGCCCUGAAAACUACAGGAUACAUAUUGGUUUGGAUGGACGUUGUCUUAUUACAGAUAUCAAUAUGCAGUUUAUCAUAUGUCUUCCUCCUAAUUCAGUACCUCGAACUAACAACACUAAUUUCAACAUGGCUCAUGUUAUUGUCACCGUUGGAAAUAUUGAGGCAUAUAUAGGUGACCUACAUUACAAAGAAGACAUUAAUACAUUAGUCAUCAUAGCUGGUGUAUUAGUUGCUGCAUUGAUUACAGCUAUUGUAAUUGGUGUAUUGGCUGUAGUUAUUUUACGAAAACAAAAGAAGAGAGCCGUCAAAGAAUUUAAAAUCGAACUUAUGACAAGGGAAGAAAUGAUACGAAAGGCUAGUAGAGAAGAAUUUGCUGAUGCUCAGAUGAAUAUUAAAGAUAUAAAAUCUAACCUGGUUACUACAAGAAUACCCUAUUGCGACUAUCAAACCUAUGUUUGCAAUCAACUCUUUCCUAACGAAGAUAAGCUAUCUAAUCCAUUAACUAACGAUUCAGAGAUAACAGAUGAUAAAAACUCCAAAACAAAAUGUGCAAUGGAAAAAUUUGAAAUACUGUUGUCAAACAAGCUUUUCCUGAAGUCACUUGUCCAAACGUUAGAUCGACCAAAUAUGCUUACAAUGCAAGAAAAGGCUCAGUUUUCCUCAGUUUUGUCGAUUUCAUUGCUUGGAAAUAUGAGACUCUUUUUCGAUUUGAUUCAUUGUUUGCUGGUUGAUAUGGUUCGAUCAUCAACAAAAAAACAACAGAAAGUUUUAUUCAGAAGGUUUGACUCUAUUACCCUGCGAUUAAUGGUUAACUGGUUACAGAUUGCAAUGUAUAAAGAAUUAACGUCACACAGUGGGAUGCAACUGUUUAUGUUAUACAAAGCAGUACAAACAAUUACAGAAAUGGGACCAAUUGAUGCACUGACGGGUAAUUCGAAGAAUACCAUUGCAGAAGAAAAGCUACUCAAAAUCAGGAUUGAACACCAAAAUCUUACAUUACAGAUAGAUUUGAAUGGUAAUAGUGACCAGCAUUAUCCUGUCAAAGUUCUUGACUGUGAUACAAUAUCACAGGUGAAACAGAAAUGUUGUGAACAGGUUUAUAAAAAUAAACCUGCCUCAGAAAUACCACAACAUAAUGAACUUUUUUUAGAAUGGCAAGAAGGAACAGCUGGCAAACUAACAUUGAAUGACAUUGACAACACCAGUGAAAGAAACAAUGGAUUGAUUUGUUUGAAUACAUUAAAACAUUAUAUGGUCAAAGACAACUGUAGAAUGGCAUUGAUGUACAAGCCUCAUGGCGAACAGGAGAUAUGUGUGGACUCAAAAGGUAAAGAAAUAGAAAAUGAGACUUCAGAGUUUAUAUCAUUACUGCUGUCGAACGAUGGUGAAGACGAGAUUUCAAAACUACAACAAUGGCACUUGGAAACAUUUUCGUUCAAUCUUCAAGAUGAUGAAAAUUCUAAAAGAGAACUUGGCUUUGGUGAUAUCUUUUUGAAUAGGUUAUUUCAUACGAAGUUGCUUCUAACAGACUACAUUGAUUCGACUUUUGAAGAGCUAGUAGACCCACAAACGCUUUCGAAAUCUUUUCGUUACUACCUCUGCAUGUUGGAUAAAAUUGGAGAUGACUUUAACAUUGAUUCCGACGUACUACAAUCAUGGAAAAAUGAGAUUUAUGCUACACGAAUUUUGGCUCCAUUGAUUGGUAAACCAGACAUACUGUUUGACGUUAAUGUGCCUGGACAUGUCGGGCCAUGUUUGGACAUUCUGAGACAAGUGUUUGUAGAAAGCUUCACGCAGACAGCCCACAAAGUAAACAAGGAUUCACCAACACAGAAAUUAUUGUUCCAUAAAGAUAUACCAAGAUACAGAAAACUCAUAGGUCCUUUCUUCAAAGGCAUAGAGCCAGUCAAUGAUCAGGCAUUCUGGAGUGAAAUAGACGAACUAUCAAAUAAACAGAAGGCAGAAUUGAAGUUCAAUAACAAGUUGACUUUUCAACAGCUAUACAAUUUGUUCAUUAGAAAGUACAGAAGUGAAAUACUUGAGGAUUUUGAGGAUAUGGAAGAAAGCAAAGACCUCCAAUUUGCCCAAAAAGUUACAGAAGUCAUAGAUUUGAUGGACGAAUGUUCAAAUGACUCUUAAAAUAAAUAUUAAAAUAACUGUAAAUAAGAGAUGGUGCACAACAUGUAUAAAUAACUUAAAAUGACAUUGAAGAUAUCUAUGAACGAAAAUUUUUAAAACUCAACAAAUUUAAUGAAAUCAUAGGUCGUGAAGUUAGCGUACAUAUGCAUUAUUAUCUGAAUAGCUUUAGUAAA